GGAAUGUGCUGGCUUGUUGAUAAGUCGGACCACGGGGCACUUGCUGAGCCGAGUAGCAGCAUACUUAUCAACAGAUUGUGUGCUCAGGCACCGCGACCCUACUCUCGGGCCCCUAGGGGCGGGGUUUUCCCACAGGGGACCGUCGGCUUGCUCCGGCUGCCUGGCACGCGCUAGUGUUUAUUUGUGUCACAAUCACCUCUUGAUUGACAGCUGAGUCGCUCGCGGUCAGAUUACAGUUACACUGUCACAACACGUACAGCCAAUGAAAUUGCCUGAUAACUGUCGUGCCCAAAAUGGAGCUAUGUGAUUGGUCGAGCGUGGCGGCAUGCGAGCGUGGGAACGGGUUGCGGGAUAUCUUCACACCGGUCGCUAGAGGUAUGAUGGACCUUGGUUAUAUAGCUAUGUCACCAGGAAAAUACGUCAUUCUCACGGUCUGACUGAAGGAAUUGCCUGAGCAGAAACAACCACCUGUAGCCGAGCAGACGACAUAGGAGCAGACGACCACUUGUUGAUCAUGACAGAAAGCGAUUCAAGCGGUCCUUCUUCGCCUAGAAAAGGGGAAGAAUGUAAAUCGUCUUAUAGAAAAAGUAACAAGCCUCUCAUGGAGAAACGGCGACGGGCACGCAUCAACACGUGCUUGGGGCAACUGAAAACUUUGGUUCUGCAAGCAAUGAAAAAAGACAAUGCUCAAUAUUCUAAAUUGGAGAAAGCUGACAUCUUGGAACUUACAGUGAAACAUCUGAGGAACGUCCAGAGACAUCAAAUGGCUGCUGCCAUGGCAACCAGCCCUGACGUCAUCACUAAAUAUCGAGCUGGGUUCAACGAGUGCGCUGGGGAGGUGAUGCGAUAUCUGUCCAGCGUCCCGACAAUCGGGGAUGACAUGCGGACACGCGUUCUCGGUCAUCUAGCGAACUGUCUCCAAACUCUAAACUCCCAACCCGUGGCGGACAUUGCCAUGCAGCAAACAGCGCAUCAUGGGAUACAUGUUCAACAUCCGGGUUACACCGGAACUGCCUGCAUGGGAAACCCUUCAGCGUUUCAGACAAUGGUGAAAGAACAACCAUCACCCCACAAGCAGCUUCAGAUGAACCCCCAGUGCCUAACCACGCCCGUUCAGUUCAUCCCCGGAACAUUACCCACAGGGCAGGUGGCGUUCGUCCUGACGUCACCCUCGCCCGUGCAAGCCGUGCCUUUAUAUGCGGCGCCCUCUUCCGACAGAAAGGUUGAGACCUGUGUAAAACAGGAAGCGGUCUCUCCGGUGCCGUGUGAGAAAAAUGUGAAUCGAUCCCCUGUUCCUCACCCCCCGUCCCCCUCCAGUGCUCCUCCCAUGUCCCCCGUGUAUCCCCACCCCGCUCACCCAGCGGCUGUCCGACCGGUGGCAGAGGAGUCGGUGUGGAGGCCCUGGUGAAUUGUGUAUAUGACAAUGGUGACUGUGUACAUUACAGUGGAACUACAUGUGCGUCACACUGCUAGCACAUGUCGAUUGCACAUGUGUUCGUGUAUGUUUCAAUGAACGUUGACGAAUGAGCCAAAAUGAACUGGAUGAUGCAAUUACGCUAUUCCUUUGAUGACGGAACGUGUGACUAUCGAGAAGCGGUUGUCUCCCCUGUUGCUGGUCAACGGGGAAAUAUGAGCGUGGCUACCUGUUCUGAUUUGUGGGACAUAUUAAUAGCAUUGGUCGUUAUUCUUAAGGGCCAAAUUAUUUCUGACAAUUCCUCAAGGAGGCAAGCCUUUCCAAUGGACCAAUUGACAUUCCCUAAGAAACGGAUACUAACACCAAAGACUAUGCAACGUUAUCCGAACAGUUCAUAUUCGACACAACUCUAUGCAUCGUGUCACGUGACACUUCGACAGCUGAUCGUGCUCUGUGAUAUUUAUUAGCAUUAACGUGCCUUGUUACUGAUGGUGAUUAUUAAAAUGAUUCAU